AUGCCUCCUGACUUUGCGCCGCUGAAAAAUGACCGCAUAUUACGUGCCGCCAGAGGCCAAACGGUCGACCGACCGCCUAUGUGGGUAAUGCGACAAGCUGGUCGUUACCUUCCAGAGUACCACGAAGCGAAAGGCAAGAACGAUUUCUUCGCUUGCUGCCGCUCACCUGAAAUCGCGUCUACCUUGACCCUGCAACCUAUCGACCGUUACGAUGGCUUCAUCGAUGCUGCAAUCAUAUUCAGCGACAUUCUAGUGAUACCACAGGCUAUGGGCAUGGAAGUGCUCAUGGUGGAUGGUGUGGGCCCACGGUUCCCAAAUCCUUUGAGAAGUCCAUCCGACCAGCAGUAUGCAGACUUGUUAGCAAAAGAGGUCGAUGUCAAGAAGGAGUUGGACUAUGUCUACAAAGCGAUUACACUCACACGUCAGAAGCUGGAUGGCCGCGUUCCACUCAUCGGUUUUUGUGGCGCGCCUUGGACAUUAUUGUGCUACAUGGUGGAAGGUGGUGGAACCAAGAUGUUUCGUGAGGCGAAGACAUGGGUCUUCAAGUAUGGUGAAGAAGGCAAGAAGUUGCUGCAGAAAAUUAGUGAGAUAUGCGUGGAGUACCUGGUCCUACAGGUUGAAGCAGGUGCCCAGAUGCUGCAAGUGUUCGACUCUUGGGCUGGUGAGCUCACUCCUGCCAGUUUUGAGGUGAUGAGCUUGCCAUACUUGAGGUAUAUUUCCAAGCAUACAAAGGAACGAUUGAAAGAGAGAGGACUAGAUGUGGUACCUAUGACAGUAUUUGCCAAAGGUGCAUGGUAUGCUUUGGACCAAUUGUGCGAGUCCGGCUACGAAGUUGUAGGCUUGGACUGGUUACACGAUCCUGCACAAGCGGUUGAGAUUGCAAAUGGAAGGGUCACGUUGCAAGGCAAUGCUGAUCCUGGUGUUCUAUAUGGAAGCAAUGCUUCGAUAACAAACGUCGUGGAACACAUGGUACAGGGCUUCGGCGGAGGGAAGCAGAGAUGGAUCGUGAACUUGGGCCAUGGAAUUACGCCAGGCGUUGAUCCCGAGAAGCUUAAGCUCUUCUUCCAGGAGAUUGUGAGACAUACAACAUGA